GCCUUGCCUUCUCUUCCUCUUGCUUUUGCGCCGAAUAUUUUCUUUAAACUGUUUUCGUAUUAAAUUGUUUGUUUAAAAUGAAUCUGGAGGACAUUUCGAUGAUUAUGAAGCUGUUCGAUAGCAACAUGCACAAGCUACAGGGGAAUCUACGUUCCUAUCAAACCGAAAUGCAUCAAAUUCACAAGGAGCUCACAGAAAAAUUGUCGCAUGCAGAUCUGCUGUACAGGAGUCUCAUUCCGCUGCACGAUCACUUGGUGGCCAGUCUGAGCGAAGUUAAUGCACACGUAAUGAAACUGAAUGUGCAACUACACAUCAACCGCCAGUCUGUCAGAUUGGGAGACUACGAAUAUUACGAGAAAUCCAUCGACAAUCCAUAUUCGUCGAUUCGCUCAGGUUUACAAGCGAUCGAAAAACCGGGUUGUGCUGAAGCUAUAUGUCAGUCCUCGAAGCCGGCCUUCGUGGAAUGUCUGCCCUCCUCCACUUCGGAGGAAGUGCCCGUCGUGGCUGUGCAGGAAGCCUCUUCGACAAACCAGCUCGACGCAAUAUCAGUGGUCAAUGAAAACCUCUCAGAAGAGAGAGACGCUACUCCGCAGCCUUUAGCAGUUUCCAAGAACAUGGAGGAGACUAUGCCCUCGAAUCCUUUCCACGAACAGCUUGAGGGAUCUCUAGAAGAGAUCCCAGUGGGCUCCAAGAUUGUCGUGGAAACUGAAAAGGCCAACAAUCCAGUACGUUCCGAAGCUUCCGCUCCAGCAACUUCUGACAAUCAGUCCCUUCUGGCUGCAAAACAGGGAACUCAAACAAUUGGCACAGGUAUCUGCAACAAGAUCUCCAAGAGCACCAUCAACAUGCCCAACAACUGGCAGCUUGAGAAUCCUACUGAGGUAACUGCUGCAUCGAUCGAAAAGGUUAACAAGCUCCCAAAAAGUCCCAGAAACCGAUUCCUAUUGCCUCCCAAGGGAGGCACUGAGACGACCAGACGUGAUAUCUACAAUCAAAUCUUAAAGGACAUGGCUGCAUUUCCAGAGAAUACUAUAGUUACUGCCGUUUUAGCGAGCGUGGACGUAACGGAUAAUUGCGCCUAUGUGGCUAAAUGGGAUGAAAGUUCUGAUAGGAUUAAGAAGGUGCUCCAGCGACAACUGCCAUUGCAGGAGUUGGACCAGUUGCCCGACUACGGCGACAUUUUUGCAGUUCUCGACAGUAUUAACAACAUCAUUACUCGGAUCACCAUCAACUCAAGUUCUGCGGGCGGAGGAUAUGAUGCGUAUCUUAUCGACUUUGGCGAGCAUAUUCAUUUUGACGGCAACGAAACAAUAUUUAAACUACCGGACGACAUCAAACGGUUGCCGGCACAGGCCAUUAGAUGCGAUUUAAUCAACUGUGAUAUCGCCAAUAUGCAUUGCUUUGUUAAUACGUAUAUUAAGAUUCGAGUGCACGAAAACAAUAAUUCUACACUAGUGGCCGAACCGGUCAUUGAUAGGUUAAGCAGACCUACAAAAACGAACACCACUAAAUAUCCAGCUGGAAUAACCGAGGAUGACAUGGCCAUGCUGAAUGAAAUCGAUGAGAGCACCAGUGAUCCUCUGAAAGCAGUUCUUGGCUUUCGUCCCAAGGACGAGCAACGCAUUUGCCGGCACUACGAUCCCAAGCUGAAUGGCUGUUUUAAGGGUAACAAUUGUCGUUUUGCUCAUGAGCCCUUUGCUCCGAAUGGCGCCACCAAAGAUGUGGAGCUAGCUAGAGCUCUUCCUGAGACAAUCUUUGAUACAACAGUGCAUUUUGAAAUCGGCAGCAUUGUCGGCAUCCUGAUCACCUUUAUUAAUGGCCCCACCGAGGUUUAUGGCCAGUUUUUGGACGGAUCUCCGCCGUUGGUGUGGGACAAAAAGGAUGUGCCAGAGAACAAACGGACCUUCAAGUCGAAACCGCGUCUUCUUGACAUUGUACUUGCUCUCUACAGUGAUGGUUGCUUCUAUCGCGCCCAGAUAAUCGAUGAAUUCCCCAGUGAGUACAUGAUCUUCUAUGUGGAUUACGGCAACACGGAGUUCGUGCCCCUAAGCUGCUUGGCUCCAUGUGAAAACGUGGACAGCUUUAAGCCCCACCGCGUCUUUAGUUUUCACAUUGAGGGAAUUGUAAGGUCAAAAAAUCUGACACACCAAAAGACAAUCGAAUGCAUCGAGUAUCUCAAGAGUAAGCUGCUAAACACGGAGAUGAAUGUACAUCUGGUACAGCGCCUACCGGAUGGCUUCCUAAUUCGCUUCCUGGACGAUUGGAAAUAUAUACCUGAACAGCUAUUGCAACGCAACUACGCUCAGGUUAGCCAAUAAGUCGGGAUAAGUCGUCGGAAUAAUGUUAAUCAAAUUUAAAGUAGACAUAGUUUACAUAACAAUAGUUCCUAAGCUAUUUGUAAGCUUUUCAUUUCUGACCAUGUUACAAUUUAACCACUUACAUUAUCAUGACAAUGCUUACAUUUCUUUCGAAGGACUCUUUUUGUUUUUGAAUUAUCACUACUUCGGAGCGAUCCCAAUAAACUGACUAUGUUCGAACAUGUUAUCCAG